AUGGCCGGCGACGUCAACCAGGCUGCUAAUCCCGAUGGCUCGCGUGACCCACGUGACACCGCCCAACGUGGUACUCAAGAGGGACAGACUGGCCAAUCUACCGGUCUCGAUGCCCGCGCUGCUGUUGAGACGGCAAAACAAAAGGUUGAUCAAAAUGUCUCCGAGGAGGACAAGGACAAGGCUCGUGCCCGCCGCGACCAGUUGAACAACUAUAUCAAGGGCAAGAUGCCUGAAGAGCGCCGUGAACAAACCAUUUGGCGUCUGAAGAAGAUGGUCGUCGAAAUCCAAGGCCACCAGGAUUACCAGCGUGCCAUCGAGACGCUCCUCCGCCUCGCGGAACAGUAUGCUGGGCACGGCAAGAACCUGGGAAAACAGGCCACCGGAACAGUGCAAGGUGCGCACCAGGACGACGCCCUUCAAACUGCUGAAGCUGACCUCAAGGUGCGUAUCACAGGUUUCACUUCUGAGAAUCAACAUUGGCUAACCAAUAUCAAGACUCUCCUCGAACGCUUUGCCAACAACACUUCGUCCGACGACCUCAUCGAGUCUAUCAACCAAAUCUACAAGGAUGCUGAUCAAGACCCCGAGCUGAAGAACUGGUUCAAGCGUAUCAACGCAUUUGUCCACAAGGUUCUUCAACAGCAGGGCUACAUCCUCGAAGACAGUAGCAACGAGGAAUGGAACCAGAUCUAUGACCAAGGACACAACCUCCUCCGUGGCCGUUACCGCGGUCACACCGACCGUAUCGCUGACGAGUUCAAGUACUUGGGCGAGCAAUUUGAUGCUGACCCACAGAACAAGCAGUUUGCCGAGUCUGUCAACAAGCUCUUCCUUGACCUCGGUCAGGACGAGAAUGGCAAGACGGUGUUCAAGCCCCACCUUGUCAAGGAUUUGACUGAUGUCAUCAUUCCCGGCUUCUUUGAGAAUGUCCGCUACGUUCCUAUUCCGCGUAUCGAGUACAGCGAUCCCAUGAUUGAUGCUGUCGUCGAGAACCUCGUUAUUGAGGGUGAUAACCUCGCCCCCAACUCCCUCGAGUUCGGUUCGGACAACUACUGGCGCUGGGGACGCAAGUCCAUUACGAGCAAGAACAAGAACAAGGUCAUGCUCUCGGUCUCGGGUGUGCAGAUGGAUCUAAGGGACGUCUCAUACUAUAUCAAGCGCAAGCAAGGCUUCCCAUCCAUUACUGAUAAGGGCGUCAUGGAUGUCUUCAUGGGUGGAUCUGGCUUCAGCUUCAAGGUCGAGAUGGAGACUGCUGACAAGGCUCGGGAGAAUCACGCUCAAACCCACUUCUUCAAGGUUACCAAGGUCGAGUCCGACAUCAAGAACUUGCAGAUCAAGAUGAAGAAGAGCAACCACAAGCUCCUCUUCAACAUGUUCAAGCCUCUUCUCCUCAAGGUCAUGCGUCCCGUCAUUCAAAAGGUUCUCGAGAAGCAAAUCAAAGACUCUGCCAACCAGCUCGACGGUAUUCUCUACGACAUCAAAGUUGAGGCUGACCGUGCUGAGGCCGAGGCCAAGCGCAACCCCGACCCUGAGCACCUACAGAACAUGUACCAGCGCUACGCUGCUGCUGUCAAGAGCCGUGUCCUGCAGGGCAAGCAGAAGGCGGAGAAGGCCAAGGCGAAGGUUGACGAAACCAAGGUCAACGUCGCUGUUACGCAGCACGACUCCAUCUUCAAGAACAUUUCUCUGCCCGGCGGCAUCUCAACCAAGGCCACCGAGUACAAGGAGCUUGCUGCCAAGGGCGACAAGUGGGAGAGCCCAAUCUUCUCCAUUGGCUCGGCCAAGGAGACGUCCAGCCUCCCCCCGGUUGGCAAGGUUACCCGCAAGCCUCACGGUCGCCAGGGUGGAUAUGGUGGUCCCACGGGUGCUGUUGGUGGUCAACAAGGUCUUGGUGCCUCUCAGGGUCUGAACUCGUCUGCCAAUCAGUACGAUGGUGCCACUGGUAGCGCACUUGCUGGCUCUCUCGGUCAGACGGGUCAGGGUUUCGGUACCCAGGUCGACAAUGCCUUCAACAACACCACUGGCUCAGGCCUCACCAGCGGACAAGGUCUUACUGGUGGUUCAUCAGGACUGACCGGCAGCCAAGGUGUUACCGGCGGCUCAUCAGGGUUGACCAGUGGACAAGGUCUUACUGGCGCCACUGGUACGUCGAGUGGACUGGGUAACACUACUGGCACCUCCGCUACUGGUGCCGCGCCAGGAACUGAGGGUUACAACACGACCUUUGGUGACCAGAACCCCGUCUUUCAGGGCCGCGUUUAA